CCCAGCUCAGAGGCUGAGUGUGCUCGUCGGGUUCAGGUCGGACACGGACCCUCGAUAUAACAAACAUCAAUGUGCACCUCUUCCUCUCCUGCGGGUCGUGUGUGGAGCCUGGACCGGAGCGGACUUGUGAUUCUUCUCGCUCUGCUCCAGCUGCUCUGAGAGGUGCGGGGAGCUGCCUGCUGCUGUGAAUGGGGGAGCUGCUGUGUGAAGACACCACGGUAGCCCUGGACACGGAUCGUGCCAGUUUCACACGUAAAUAACAUAACUGAGGUGAGCGAGUGACAGCUGGAGUGGACAGGAGCCGGUGGGGGGGGAUCACAGAGGAGGGGGGCCACUCAGCUGCCAGUGGGUUCUUUAAAUGGUCCGUGCGCGACCACCGCUGGCACCACUUCUCAUAACACCGUCCACAUCUCCACGGAGCUCUGUCCAUUCCCUUCUUCUGUCCAACACCACCACCUCCAGUCCCUCAUCAUGGAUCUGCUGGAGUGUCCGCUGUGCCUCUUCCUCAUGGCCGAGCCGGUGACCGUGUCCUGCGGCCACUCGUUCUGCAGGAGGUGCGCGGUCGGAGGGUUCCUCCCGUCCAAGUGCCCGACGUGCAGAGCCCGGCUGAAACAAAGGGAGGUGAGGGUCACCAAGAACAACGUCCUGCUCAUCAGCGUGGCGGGGAAGUGCUGGCCGGACCGGACCCGGAGCACAUGCCACAUCCAGGAGAAGCUGAGAGCCGGAGCCUUCCCCGAGGCUUUACGCAUGGCCAGCGAGGCUCUGGACACGGCCCCAGAUGACCUGAGCUUGAAGUUGUACAGAGCAGAAGCUCACUGCGGCCUAAUGCGUUUCUCUGAUGCUCUCACAGACCUCGACUACCUUUGCUGCCUUCGACCUAAAUGGACCGAGGGCUUCUUUCGUAAAGGGAAUGUAUUGCUGGAGAUGGGUCAGCAGACAGAAGCUCUCAUCCAGUUCCACCACUGCCUCAAGCUGCAAGCCGACUUUGUUCCUGCCAAGAGUCAGAUCAAGAAGAUCCUGGAGGCGGAGGGCAUGGCUGUGCCGGAGGAGGUGCCCUGCAUCCUGCAGGCUGUAUCUGAGUUCCUGAAAGAGCCCUGCCCUAUCACCAGCCUCAGUGGCUCCCAGGGGCCGAUGCACCCGGAGGCCCUCAAACAUCCACUUGGGGAAGAGGGGGAGGAUAAAGGGAGGAGAGAGACACACCAGGUGAAACACGACUCGGGUACAGAGUGCUGCCUCAGCCUCUGCCAGGCUGUGUCCUUCCUGCCUGCAGCUGAAGAGGACGAGGAGAUGAUGAAAGAAGAUGAACAAGGCACAUGUGAAAGUAUUCAGCGCAGAGAGAAAACUCUGGGUGUUCUCACGGUGUCAGAUUUUGAGUGCCCCCUCUGCAUCAGGCUGUUCUAUGAGCCGGUCACGACCCCCUGUGGUCACACCUUUUGUAAAAACUGCAUAGAGCGGAGUCUGGACCACAACCUCCGCUGUCCCCUCUGCAAACAGCCACUGGAAGAGUAUUUAAAAAACAGGAAGUACAACCCCACGCUUCUGCUUCAGGACAUCAUGAACUAUCGUUUCCCAUCACAGUUGGCUGAGAGGAAGCAGGUGCACGAUACAGAGAUGGCUGAACUGUCCAAUCUAAAUAAGGACAUCCCUAUAUUUGUCUGCACGGUGGCGUACCCUGGAGUCCCCUGCCCCCUGCACAUCUUCGAGCCUCGGUACCGGCUGAUGAUGCGCCGCUGCAUGGAGACAGGCACCAAGAAAUUUGGCAUGUGCAGCUAUGAGCAUGGCAAAGGGUUUGCUGACUACGGCUGUAUUCUGGAGAUCCACAGUCUGGAGCUGCUGCCUGAUGGACGGUCCUUCGUGGACACUGUGGGUGGCAGCAGGUUCAGGGUGGUUAAGAGAGCUCAGAGAGAUGGCUACCACACUGCUGACAUAGAGUACCUGGAAGACCUCAAGGUGGAUGACAGUGAGUUAGAGAUUUUGCAGCGUCUCCAUGACAGUGUGUACCAGCAGGCUCAGGAAUGGUACACGCGCAUGGGCAGCCGCAUUCGCGAGCAGAUCAACAGACAGUACGGCACCAUGCCAGAAAAAGAGGAAGACAUUCAGUCCUCAACCAAUGGUCCAGCCUGGUGCUGGUGGCUGCUGUCCGUCAUGCAGCUGGACCCAGCCUAUCAGACCACUGUCCUGUCCCUGACCUCGCUCAAAGACCGCCUGGGACACAUCCGCCUCGUUCUCGAGUACUUCUCUCAGAGCUAGACUCCGCAGCACAGCGUUUUACAUGCACACGGAUAAAUGGAGUGAAACCAUUGAAUGCACUCACACCACUGAGUUUUGGGACUUUUCAUUUUUUUUAAAACUACUCUGAAUCAUUGAGGGACUGUUAUAAAAUCACAGCUCAAGGCCAAAUCACCUUGUCAAAAGGUGAAAGGGUUGUUGUCUUACAAAACAGAGCAGCUGUGCGGGGGUUGAAUUUUUUCUGUUUGAAUUUGCAUAUGUUUUCUUUCUUACACCAUCUUCUUCCCUGGGAAUUCAAGUUUUUAGAGUUGUGUCUGAACGCACACUGUACUUAAUUGCGGGGUUGACCAAAGAUGCUUCUCCUCAAAAAGUGGUUAAUUAUUAUAACAUUAAUAUUUGUGAAUAAAGUAAGUCAUUUUCUAAAUAAUAUUAUGGAACGUCAA